UUUUCAGUUCCGCUGAGAAAGAGAGACAUAGAGACAGAGAGCGAGAGACAUAAAGGGAGAGACAGAGACCGGGAGGGACAGAAGGACGCGCAUUGACACCGUAACGGAUCAGAACCGGGAGGACGCGUGCGUGUGAGACAUGGCCGCGCGGUGCUCGUGAUAGAGACGACCGGAGGAACCCUGCGGACGCGAAGGAGGACAGGCACCGGGCGGACAUGGCCCACGUAGGCAGCGGAGCCGCAGAGGAGGAGGACUGCUUUGAGGACGCAUACGACAGAAUACCUGCGGCGUCUCAGAUGGACCUGCACACAGCCAUCCAGGAGACUCAGUGUGCUCUCAAUCUGGUCCUCAACGACAAGUUCUCUGAAGCCCUAGACCUCCUCAAACCAUGGUGGAAGGACAGCAUGUACCAUGCGUUGGGCUACAGCAGCAUCCUGGUGAUGCAGGCCACCAUGACCUUUGAGCACAGAGACAUUCAGGCCGCCAUGUCGACCAUCAAGGAGGCGCUGCAGACCUGUCAGAGGUUCAGGAAGAAGAACUCGGUGGUGGGAUCUCUGUCCAGUCUGAUCAGCAAGCAGUCCAAACUGCAAGAAGAGGAGAUGCACGCUGAGAUCUGCUACGCCGAGUGUCUGCUGCAGAAAGCAACGCUGACCUUUGUGCAGGACGAAAACAUGAUCAGUUUCAUCAAAGGAGGCAUAAAGAUCAGAACCAGUUACCAAAUCUACUAGGAUUGUCAGAAUUUGCUGAAUGUCAAUCGGGAUCUAGCCGGCCAAUCAGAUGCGUUCAGACAGUUUGAGGGCGGAGUCAAGCUGGGCAUCGGAUCCUUCAACCUGAUGUUGUCGCUGCUCCCUCAGAGGGUUCUGAGGUUGUUGGAGUUCAUCGGGUUCUCAGGGAACAGGGGCUUCGGUCUGUCUCAGCUGAGAGAAGGAGCCUCCAGUCACAGUCUGCGCUCCAUCCUGUGCGCUCUGACGCUGCUCUUCUACAACACAUACGUGUCACUCAUACUCGGAACUGGAGAGGGGAACCUGGUGGAGGCUGAAGCUCUGCUGGCGCCGUACCAGCAGAAGUACCCCAAGGGCUCCAUCAUUCUCUUCUACUCUGCGCGCAUCUCCACGCUGAGAGGACACUUCGAGAAGGCGCGGGCGCGUUACGAGGAGUGCGUCGGCAGCCAGCAGGAGUGGAGGCAGAUCCACCACCUGUGCUACUGGGAGCUGAUGUGGAACCACUCCUACCAGCAGGAGUGGCAACAGGCGUACCACUACGCCCACCUGCUGUGCCAGGAGAGCCGCUGGUCCAAGGCUAUUUAUGUGUACCAGAAGGCGGCCAUCCUCAGUAUGAUGUCAGAGGACGAGGUGAAGAGGACGGGGGAGAACCUGGUGGAGCUCUUUAGGCAGGUGGAGGGGCUGAAGCAGCGCCUGGCGGGGAAGUCCAUCCCGACGGAGAAGUUUGCGGUGAGGAAAUCGAGGCGCUACAAAGCCGCCGUCCCCGUCCUCCUGGUCGUCCCCGCCCUGGAGAUGAUGUACGUCUGGAACGGUUUCUCCAUCGUGGGGAAGAGAGCCGACAGCACCGAGGCGCUGCUGGUCACCAUAGAGACGGCCGAGGAACAGCUUCGCAGCGACCCCAGCCCGUCAGAGUUUCAUCCAGACGACAGCUGCCUGGUCCAGAUGUUGAAGGGACUCUGCCUGAAACACCUGGGCAGGUUGCUGCAGGCCGAGCUGUGCUUCACGCAGGUCCUGUCCAGUGAGACUCGUAUCCGCUACGAUCACUACCUGAUUCCCUUCACGCUCUACGAGUUGGGUCUGCUGUACAAACUGCAGGGAGACUUCGCCAAGGCCGCCACCUGCAUCGAAAACGCCAAGACGAACUACAAGGACUACUCCAUGGAGAGCAGGCUGCACUUCCGCAUCCACGCCGCCCUCAGCAGCCUCAGAGGAUCCCCCGUGGGAACCCCGUAGUAUGUGGACCACGGGACUCCCCGGGGCUCCGUGUCCACCAGGACUCGCUUGCAACCUCACGUGUCCUUUUAUAUUUAUUUGUGUAAUGUGUGUGGACGGACGAGAUUAUUUAAGCUCUUCUCAAACCUUCUGCAGUUCACUAGUUCACCAGUAGUGAGUGAAGAGACGCGAACACGUGAGCGAGGAACUCACUAGCAAACUGAUGACGGCCUUAAUCUGCUCACAAUCCUGUAACAACAACGUGCUUUGUAUAGAAAGUAGGGAUAGAAUCAUAAAUCCUGACAGAUAGCUAUAUAUAUAUAUAAUACAUAUAUAUAUAUAGCUAUCUAUCUAUAUAUAUAAUGUAUACAGUAUAUAUAUAGCUAUAUAUUGUAUAUAUGUAUGUAUAUAUCUAAAUGCUACUCUUUCCUUAAACCUGAGAGCAUAUACACAUACAUAUGCGUUGUAUUGUCUUUACUAUGUCUUCUUUAAUUUCCUAACAAUGCUUCAUGUGCACGACGCACACAAACGUGCACUCAAAGUCUUCUCACCAACAGUGGCUUACACACACACACACACACACACACACACACACACACACAGCAUUGUACACGUAUUGGGCAGUAUACACACUAACCAGAGACGCACGCGCGCACAACUAGCAGCGGUGAAAAGUAACAACACGCCUUUAGGCUCCUUCCUGUUAGCUGGUUGCAAUCUGCAGCUUGGCCACUAGAUGGCUCCAGAUUCCACACAGACUCACACAGCAGUUUACUCUGUUAAACUACUGUUAAUACCAAUGUGUAAAUGCUGUUGUGUUAAAGCUUUGAACACUUUUGUUUGCUCAUGUUUUUGUUUUUUUGGCUCUCAGGGGGACAAACAGUCAAAUCAAAGAAGCUUUGAAAUGAGACACAGACGAGAUUAACGUGGCGUUGAAUCCAUUUCCUUUUGAAGGCAUUUGGAUUGUUUCUGCUUUUUUAAUCAGCAGUGUUCCAUCAUACCACGUAAAUGAUAAAGAUUAGAAUCAUCAGUUCAUUGAGUAUCUAUUUAUGUACUUAAACAUUUAAAAAGAAGCACAAAUCCAUAAUCCGCAAUCAGCAAAAACAAAAAGAUACCUGUUAUUUCCUCCUUUGGCUUUGAGUUGUUUAACGCUAUUUAAAUGAUGUGUAUAAUAUAUGAACACCAUGAUUAUUUAAUACUUCUAUGUAACUCCAAAGGUACCCGAUGUUCUCCGUCUCAUCUUUCCUCCAAUAUGAACUUUUAUUCCAUUCCAGUUUUAUAAAUAUAUAAAUAAAGGAUUGCAACAGGAAUAAAAGAAGAAGAACAACUGUAUCCACCUGAAGACCAAACUGUGUGCGUCUCGCUGUCUUUGCUUUGUAUUUUUGUUCUUGUGCUUCUGUGGUCUGAACGUCAAUAGGAGCUUUACCUAAAAGCCCAGCGGGGCUCAUGUCAAACGUGGAAAUAAGGCUUUUCCUUCUCGAACUCAUUGAAUAGUAAAGAUGACGCAACAAUGGAUAAAGCCCCCGUCGGCUGGCUUGUGCUACAGGCGUGUAGCGUGUGAGGACAUCGGGUCUGCUGGCGUGUUGUGUGCUACGAUGUGAGCAUCGUCAGUAACGCUCACAAACAGGUUCUACUAGACCCAUCUGCUCCUGAAGAAAUACUCUUAGUGAGAAUAGGACGUCCACCAAGGACUGUCUUCAACAGGUAGAACCUGCCUGAGUGGGUUUAAGGUGAAACCCUGAAAUGGUUCUUGGUAGAACGUCCUAGUGGGUUCUCAUUAGCAGCCUUAGAAGGUACAAAUAAUAAAACCUCCUGAGAGGGAUUUGGGGAAACCAUUUGACAAUUGAAGGAUCCUCUGUAGAACGUCUCAUUUCUGGGUGAGCCCUCUCACAGGUGGUUCUAGGUAUGACCCCUUGGGUUGGGGUUCUAGGUAGAACCUUCUGAAAGGGCUCCUGGUGGAACAUUUAUGAAGGUUUCUAGCAAAAUUCUCCAAUGAGGUCAAGCAGAAGAAGCCUUUGUGGUUCUAGUUAGAGGAUUUUCACAACAAUAUUCAACGCUAUUCAUUCCAGAGCCCUUUGGAGACUUCAAACGAGUUUAUUCUAAUGUGUUUACAUUGAAUUAUAUUGUUACUGUCACAAUGAAUAAUCCGACACUCUAAAGCGCUCGCACACGUUUCACCGUAUAUUGAUGCAUGUUAUUCAGUAUAAGGACGUUACUGUAUGUGCUUCACAGCAGGAAGCACGAUGACCAAAUAUAUUCAGUUCAAGAUGAGGAUCCACGUGGUGCAAUAAAAUAAAAAAUGGAAGACUAA